AUGAGCGUGGCGCUGCAGGAUCUCCGGAACGCCAUGUCCAGCUACAAACGCCAAGCGCUGGAGGAGGAGGAGCUUUCUGACAACCCCGGCGAGGCGGCCUCAUCUCCUGACAUAGUGGAGGUGGGCUUCAGGAAGGGCGGAGUGGACUUUCUGGGCAGGAGGACCCAGUUGGAGGUUCUGCUCUCCGUCCUGCUGCUGGCGGCUCUCCUGGCUCUGCUGGUCUGCCUGCUGGUUCUUGGACUUCGCUUCAGCUCAGAUAGUGGGCGUGGCCUAUGCCUUUCGGAGGCGUGUAUCACGGUGGCGAGUCAGAUAGUGGAAGCGAUGGACCGCAGCGUUGACCCCUGCCAGGACUUCUACCAGUUCGCCUGCGGCGGCUGGAUGAGGAAGAACCCGCUGCCCGAUGGACGCUCCCGCUGGUCCACCUUCAACAGCAUCUGGGGGCAGAACCAGGCGCUGCUCAAGCACCUGCUGGAGAACGGCACUUUCAAUGGCAGCAGUGAAGCAGAGAGGAAGACUCAGUCCUACUACCUGUCCUGCCUCAACACCCAGAGAAUCGAAGAGCUGGGGGCCCAGCCCCUCAUAGACCUCAUCACUAAGAUCGGCGGCUGGAACAUGACCGGGCCCUGGGACAAAGACAACUUCAUGGAGGUUCUGAAGGUGGUCUCGGGUCCGUACAGAGCUCAGCCCUUCUUCAGCGUGGGAGUCAGCGCUGAUCCCAAAAACUCCAACAGCAAUGUUGUACAGGUGGAUCAGUCAGGACUCUUCCUGCCAUCAAGAGACUAUUACCUUAACAAGACGGCCAAUGAGAAGGUGCUUGCAGCGUACCUGGACUACAUGGUGGAGCUGGGGAUGCUGCUGGGGGGUGAGAAGAGCUCCACCCUGGUUCAGAUGCAGCAGAUUCUGGAGUUUGAGACGGCUCUGGCCAACAUCACGGUACCACAGGACCAGCGAAGGGACGAGGAGAAGAUCUACCACAAAGUCACCAUCGCAGAGCUACAGGCGCUGGCUCCAGCUGUGGACUGGCUGGAGUUCCUGACGUCUUCCUUGUCUCCACUGGAGCUGAACGACACCGAGCCGGUGGUCCUGUACGCCCGAGAGUACCUGCAGCAGGUGUCCGAGCUCAUUAACAAGACGGACCGCAGCCUGCUGAACAACUACAUGAUGUGGACCCUGGUUCAGAAGAGCGUGGCCACUCUGGAUCAGCGCUUCGAGAACGCUCAGGACAGACUGCUGGAGAGCCUCUACGGAACCAAGAAGUCCUGCACCCCCCGCUGGCAGACCUGUAUCGGGAACACCGACGACACGCUGGGCUUCGCUCUGGGGGCGCUCUUCGUCAAGGCGACCUUUGACAAGCUCAGCAAGGAGAUCGCUGAAGAGAUGAUCAACGAGAUCCGGUCAGCCUUCAAACAAGCCCUGGACCGGCUCAGCUGGAUGGACGAGCAGACGAGGAAGGCGGCGAAGGAGAAGGCCGACUCCAUCUACGACAUGAUUGGCUUCCCAGAGUUCAUCCUGGACCCCAAAGAGCUGGACGACGUCUACGACGGGUACGAGGUUUCGGACGACAGCUUCUUCCAGAACAUGCUCAACUUCUACAACUUCUCAGCGCGAGUGAUGGCCGACCAGCUGAGGAAGACUCCCAACAAAGACCAGUGGAGUAUGACUCCUCCCACCGUUAAUGCCUACUACAUGCCCACUAAGAACGGCAUCGUCUUCCCUGCAGGGAUCCUUCAAGCCCCCUUCUACGCCCACGACCACCCCAAGGCCUUGAACUUUGGCGGCAUCGGGGUGGUGAUGGGUCACGAGCUGACGCACGCCUUUGACGAUCAGGGCCGCGAGUACGACAAAGAGGGUAACCUGAGGCCGUGGUGGCAGAACUCCUCUGUGGAGGCAUUUCGAGUGAGAACGGAGUGCAUGAUGGAGCAGUACAACCGCUACACCGUCAACGGAGAACACGUCAACGGAAAGCAGACUCUCGGGGAAAACAUCGCAGACAACGGGGGCCUUAAAGCAGCGUACCAUGCCUACCAGUCAUGGAUCCAAAGAAAUGGACAGGAGAAAAGACUUCCUGCUGUCAAUCUGACCAACGACCAGCUCUUCUUCGUGGGAUUUGCUCAGGUGUGGUGCUCUGUCCGGACCCCAGAGAGCGCUCACGAAGGCCUGAUGACUGACCCGCACAGUCCGCCCAGAUACAGAGUCAUCGGCACGUUGGCCAACUCUCCAGACUUCAGCCGCCACUUCGGCUGUCCGGAGGGCACGCCCAUGAACUCAGGAAAGCCCUGUGAGGUCUGGUAGAUGCACAGAGGGCGGGGUCCGGGGGUCAAGCCGACGGGUCUGGGUCAUCUCAUUACUGGAGGCGGUGUCUCGGACCUUCAGCCAGCCCCUCUUCCUUUCUGGACACCAAGAAGACUCCUCGAACUGAUGAAGAUGAUGAAGACGACGUUGAAACCCGCUUUAUUGCUGAUUGAUAUUGAUGAGCGUCAGUUCAGGUGUGUCUGUUUGGGGGGGGGGGCUGAUAACGACAUCACUGUGAUGAGCUCAUGCCACCUCACCUGUGACAUAUGUGAAGCAGGUGUUCACUGACUGGCUGGUAGGCGCAGAGGAAUCAAACUCACAAACACUAAGAAAUGAAGUCUGGAGGACUUUCUGAAUGGAUAAUUGAAUUGGUUUAAUCAGAAUGUUAGUUUUUUUCACUUUGAAACCAUCUUUUCUUCUCAUUCAUCCUAUUGAUGCCCAUUUGAAACCAGCGAAAAAGAGAAAUGAUGGAUUCCAAUGAAAAUGCUGAUUCUGCAGAGAUAUUUUUAGAAUUACUGACAGCCCGUUAGCUUGUCUUUGAGACCUUUAAAACUGUUUAUUGGGUUUUUGGAUCAUUCUUUCUGCGUAACAAGUGAACCGUUAUGAAGCAGGAAGUAAUAAGAUAAGAUAUUCCUUUAUUAGUCCCACGAUGGGGAAAUGUCCAGCAGUACAGGAACAGAGAGCAAUAUAUAUAAUGUUCCAGCCGGUCCAGUAAACAGAAACCAAACUGACCCCACGGGACGCUAACAGUGCAGCGUGUGACCCUGAAACGGAGUUAUGAUGCCUUGAAGCCCCAAAAUCUACCGGAUGUUUUGCUGCUGAUCUUUAGUAUUUCACAGCUGCAGAUUUUCCAUGAAAGCAGCAGAAGUCUAACCCAACGCCAGCCGCCGACACCUUCAGCCAAAGUCAAACUGAUCAGGACACAUUUAGGAGCCGAGACGAUCAUGGGACCACGAAGCAGAGAUGUUAGGAAUGUCAGGAGAGAGAAGAGGUUUAAAUGUCUUUCUAAUCUGUGUUAAGGCAAUCAGAAACCAUUCAGUCCAGCUUGUGCAGAAGCGUUAACCAGCUGCUGGAACACCAGUCCAAGAAGAUGUGAUGCAUUCAGGGGCCUCAGGAUGAAGAUCCCUCUGUUCUGUUGCUGUGCGUGUGUAUUUGGUGUGUUUGUGCGCUUCGCCUCUCGAUGACAUCACUGUUUGGUAUCAUGCAGCUUCCGUGUCCUUUGUCCAGAAGAGCUGCUUCCUGCCAAAGACGUGUGUGUGCGUGCACGUGUGUGUGUGUGUUGUGGUCUGCUGAAGGUUUCUAUAUGUGAGGGCGUCGUGCAUCGUACAGACGUUGGCCCAACCCUCCCUGUGAUUGGUGGAUUGUAAGAGCUGGGUUUCGUUCAGGUACCUGCAGGUGUUCGGUCUCCCAGCGGUCCCUGAAUGCUUCAGCAAACCCUCUGUGGUUCGAUGUAAAAUCAGUCCUGACAUGGACAGAUGAAGGGGUGCAAAUGUACCGGGUCCUUUUCUGUGUAAAGUAGACAAAGGCAGAACCGAGUGGUGUCAAAUAAAUGCAGCGUGCUAGAACUCUCUAUCCUGAAGGGGGCGCCGAUUCUCCAGCAGUGCAGCCUCAGAGCUGUGAGGAUGUCAUGGAGGUUUCAUCAUUUUCAGUUUGCUGUUAAAAAUCUUGAUGCAGAAAAAUAAUAAACAGUGAAGCCGCUGAA